AUGGCCACACCUCCAUAUUGCCCGUGUAUAUUGUUCAACACGAGCGGAACGUUCCACUCGCCCAACUAUCCGGCUAAUCUUGAAGACAUCGACUGCCUCUUCUACCAUUUCCUCGCUCCACCAGGAUCGCUCACACAGAUUACCUUCAUCACAUUCUCGCUGCCAGUUCGAAAUCCUACGUGUACUUCAUCGCUACGGAUCUUCGACAGCUCACCAGAUGGCCUGGUCGACCCCGAUGAGGAGCCAAGUUUCACGUUUUGUGGCCACGAAAUCACAACAGGCACUUCAUUUUACUCAAGAGACGAGAAUAUGCUUCUUCAAAUCCUUCACGGUGGCGCUUCCUCAAAAGGUUUCAGAGGAGAAUAUAGAUUUUUAUCUAAAACUCUUUAUGGUAGUGAGGACGAAUUCGUUCUUGACGAUAUGGAAACCGUAGCGCACUUGAAUCGAAUCACAGUUCGGUACUGCGAUGCUGACAAUCUUCUCAUGUUGAAAAUAGGAUAA